UAGGCUAUAUGGAUUUCAUACAAGCCGCUUCAACUCUCACAUGAGCAGCUUAGGCUAUACAGACGGAUUGUGUGUCUUGGUGACCAGGGGACGCCUGUGGAUUGUUUCCGGAAAGAUUCAUAGAAGAAGGCAUAUCUCACUUGUCAGUAAACUCACGUGCCAGUCUAUAUGCCUCUGCUCGCGCCCUGGGAGUUUCCGUGAAUCUACGGAUGAGACGCCUCUGGAAGCUUGAGCUCGAGGGGCACAACUUUUAUUAUUUCUUUGUCUCAAAGGAGCUGCGCUUUGGUGAAACGAAGGGAAUAACUCAACAAUGAAUCGGCUGUGGGGUCAUUCGCAUGGAUUUCUAAUCUACCUGUUUUUGCUAGCUUUAUGGCGUGCAUGUUCUGAGACAGAUGUAUCCGGCUCAGAUGCCUUUAAAAACAACAUUACCCUCUUCACACGGAUCUUGGACCGACUGCUUGAUGGCUACGACAACAGGCUGAGACCUGGUCUUGGAGAUCGAGUGACGGAGGUGAAGACCAAUAUCUAUGUGACCAGUUUUGGACCAGUAUCAGAUACGGACAUGGAAUACACAGUGGAUGUGUUUUUCCGUCAGCACUGGACAGACGAGCGGCUGAAGUUUAACGGGCCAAUGAACAUCCUGCGUCUCAACAACCUGAUGGCCAGUAAAAUCUGGACUCCAGACACUUUCUUUCACAACGGCAAGAAAUCUGUGGCUCACAACAUGACCAUGCCUAACAAACUACUGCGGAUUAUGGAGAACGGCACUCUACUGUACACCAUGAGGUUGACAGUGCAAGCCGAAUGCCCAAUGCAUCUUGAGGACUUUCCAAUGGACUUCCAUUCAUGUCCGCUUAAAUUUGGCAGCUAUGCUUACACUCUGACAGAGGUGACGUAUGUUUGGACACGUGAUGCCACCUUAUCGGUGGAAGUAGCUCCAGAUGGAUCUAGACUUAACCAGUAUGACUUAACGGGACAGACUGUUGGCAAGGAAACCAUCAAGUCCAGUACUGGUGAAUAUACAGUGAUGACUGCCCAUUUCCAUCUGAAGAGGAAGAUUGGGUACUUUGUGAUCCAGACGUACCUGCCUUGCAUAAUGACCGUCAUCUUAUCCCAAGUCUCUUUUUGGCUCAACCGAGAGUCUGUCCCCGCACGUACAGUUUUUGGUGUGACUACAGUGCUAACGAUGACCACUCUGAGUAUCAGCGCUCGGAACUCUUUACCAAAAGUGGCCUACGCCACAGCCAUGGACUGGUUCAUCGCUGUGUGCUACGCAUUUGUUUUCUCUGCUCUCAUCGAGUUUGCCACAGUAAACUAUUUCACCAAGCGCGGCUGGGCCUGGGAUGGCAAGAGCAUUGUCAAUGAUAAGAAAAAGGAGACGUCCGUUAUUAAAAAGAAUAACGCAUAUGCAGUCGCUGUGGCAAACUACGCGCCCCACAUUGCAAAGGACUCAGCUCUGCCCACUGUCUCAAAGAGCGCCACGGCGGAGCCCAGUAAAGCUCAGCCAGUGGCUAAAGAGGCACUGAAGACCUUCAACAGCGUCAGCAAGAUUGACCGUAUGUCCCGCAUCAUCUUUCCAGUGCUUUUUGGCAGUUUUAACCUGGUUUAUUGGGCCACGUAUCUCAACAGAGAGCCUGGUGGUAAGAACAUGGUGCCCUCCCAGUGAGCCAUUAGCUAUUGCGCAUACAAUCAUUCCUCUAUAUUACAAAAUUAAAAUAGCAGUUUUUGUACAAAUUCUUCAGUGUACUUUUGACAUGUCUGUAUGGCAGCAUUCUGAAAUGAACGCUUUUUACAGCCUCCUUACAAUCUUACCACUGCCAGGACAAUUCAAAGAGCAUCUUAUCAUACUUUAAAAUAAAUUAUAAAUUAACUUAUUUCCACAGCUUUAUUUUUGUAUGUCGUUGUGAUUUCUGAGUAUUUAACUGAUUUUUCCUUGCCUUUUUAUGCAGUGUUUACUGGCAUUUUCAUACAGACCUCUGUUUUUUAUUUAACUACAUUUGUGUAUUAUAUAUUUAUAAAAUAUCAACCUCCAUUUAAUGUGUUUGUCAAUGUCAGUAUUUUGGCUAAAUUAUGAAUUAAGCUCACAGGUACUGUGCAUUAACGACAUACUGUUUAAAAUGAAAGCGCAUAAAUUCUAAAUGUGAUAGCUGUGUUGUUUUGUUAUAACUGCACUACAGUAUCUGUACGACAGAUCACUGCACCUUUAUAUUGACUGAUGUAGCAUUUCAAGUUCAAAUUAAAUAUGGCACUUUAUUUUCUGAUUGCAUAUUAGCUUUCACGUACAUCACGCAGCUGUGCAUCUAAUUCUCAGCCAUAAGCAAUGCACCAUCAAUGAAAGCGCACACCCACACAUGGUUUAAAGGUAAAUGAUUCAAUGAGUUUGUUUGAAGCACCACAGUGCUUUGUAUUUUUGUGGACACUUUGAUCCAUGAGCACUGUCUCAAGUGGAAUUAGCACUGCAUUUAAGCCACUGCUGUUUCUUUGGUUUACAGUGAAUGGAAAAUGCUGGUGAGAUUUUCCCAAAUAGUUUGGGCAGAUAUACAUUUUUAAUUUGCUUGGGUUGAAAUGAGAGCAAUUCGUUGGUCUUCUGUAUAUGUUACUCAAACGGUGACAAUUAGGUCCAGGCCACUGAUACUUGCAUUAGCUUAAUGUUGCAACAGUGACAUGAUGUUGUUUAUAUGGUAUUUUCAAUAUAUGUCUAUUGUAUCUUCAUGAUUAAUGCAGAUAAUGGUUGUAAUGGGCUUCUCAGUAUGAUAUAUUCGCCUAAUGACGCUAUGAAAAUGGGAAUCAAAAUGUACUGUUCACUCAAUAUAUCAUCUGUCAAACAUUUUCAGAGUUUUCAUUACUAACAUCAACAAUUCUGACAAGUGUAAACGCUUGAAUGAACUACUGUGGGCUUACUUCUAACAGCUUUUCAAUUUGCCAUAUACUGUUCUCAGUUUUCUGCCUGGGCAACGAAACAGCUCCCCUGUUGACUGAAAUAAAGUGUUG